CUGGAUUCUAUCCGGCAUCGGUUUAGAGGCAGGGGGCAAAUGACUAGGCAUCGAUAUGGCUGGUCAGAUCGGUUUCUUGACCAACAUCACCGAACCUUUGGACGAGAAGUGUGCUGUCUCCGUGGAUCGUUUGUUCAGCAAUAUCUUUCGCAUAAUGCCAGUACACCAUUAUCUCUGUCCAGCUACUUUAGCGAGCACUAUGACAGAGAUGCAACGUGCCCUGAGACUGCCGGUUUCAACUUCAUCCUCUUCGCACCGAAAUCAUCGAAAUCAUCGGGUUUGGAGUACGAAGUUGCUCUACUGACUAAUCAUGGAGCUUGUGGCCCCUUGGAAUAUCGUUCUAUCUCCUCUGCCGAUGAAUGUCAUAAUGGAGGAAUAUCCAACCCCAUAGACGGAAGCCUUAUAGACGGUAUCUCUCCAACACAACUUGUACCAUAA